CCAGCGCUAACACAAGAAAUAUAAACAUUUUAAAUAUAAACUGAAUUCUAACAAAGUGGACACUAAUCCUUGCCGCAGUUGAUGAGCCCAGCGAGAACGGAAUGAGCAUGGAGCAGGCUGGUGACAAAUUAUAUGACGAAUUCUUCGACAGCCUGCGCAGCAACAAUGGCCCACGUAACCUGAGCCAGAUCUUCGAGGAUGACGUCAAGCCGCUGCAGAACGAGUCCCGCAACAUGCGCUACCAGCCGUCGUCGGCCCAGAAGCAGGAAAGACAUCAACAGAAAAUAGAAAACAAAGAGAAGCCCAGGUCCGCGCUCGGCCAGAAGUGGAAUGUGGAGCCCGGCGUCUGGACCACUGUAAUAGCCAAGGUGGCGCACGCGUUCAGUGGUAGCGAUGAUGUGGGUCGCGUGGGCGUGGCCCUUUCCCUGCACGGCGAUGGCAUCGCCAAGCUGAUUCUGUACAAGACAAAGACCAAGGUGCUGGCCAGCGUGGUGCUAACGGCACCGAACGCAUCUGUGAUUGAGCGCGAGUCCUACAUACAGUUCUACGCUGAUGACCGUCGCUUCUGGAGCCUGCGCUUCGACCAGGACGCCGAUGAGCAGGACAUCAUUCAGGCCUUGCGCAAAUACGAUCUGCCAUUGACCGGUGUCGUGUCUAGCUGCAGCUCCUCCUCGAUCUCGGAUCAGGACAGCAAGCCAAAGAAGUCGUCACAGCUGCAGGUGCAGGUGCAAGUGCAGCCUCCGCAGCCGCAGCCGCAGCCUCGGUCCCGUCUUGGUCCGAGUGUAAGCACAAACCAGCUGCCAUCCGAGGAAUGUUCAUUGGUGGACGAUGUUAUAAUGACACCGGUGCCGCGUGCCAUUGGACUCAGUCACAGCAGCAGCGCCAGCAGCAGCACGAUUCACGGCAGCCUAAUGGUCGCCAAGAUGGACUCGGGCAACGACAUGGACAAGAAAAUGGACACCAUACUGCAGGCGAUGCAUCGCUUGGUGAGCGGCGCCGGUAGCAGCAGUGGCAGCACCCAGCUGAAUGAUAGGCAGCAGAACACAAAUGACAGCGAGGACGAGAUGAUCGAGCUGGAGCAGAAGAUGCUCAACCUCAAGCGUGAGAACCGCACGCUGGUGAAGAGCAUGCGCGCCAAAGAGCAGGACCUGGAAGAGCUUCGCACAUCGAACAGCGCCCUCGUUGAGCUGAAUAAAGAGCUGAAACAGCAGAACGCAGCCCUGCUGGUGGCAAUGGCCAGCAAUGCGUACGAUCAGGUCAACAGCAACUCCACCUCCGCCAGCACUAGCUGCCCCAAUUGCGAGCAGUCCGCAAGCCUCAUAAAUGUGCUGAAGCGUCAGGUGGCGUCGAUCCAAAGUGCCAUGGAGCAGACGACGGCGGCACCAGAUGCGGCUGCUCACAGAAACGGACAUUAAAGAGAGAGAGAGAGAGGAGAAGAGACAGGGCAAGCAAUGCUACAUUUUUGUAUUAAAUAUGUUUUCCUCAUGUAUUAUGCCGCAAUGCAAAUUAUAAACACAAUUUGGUGGAUUUUG